AAAGAUAGCCAUUGUUCUAUGCCAUUCCACAACGUUGCAUUCGCGCUUGGUGAAAGGUACAGUAUAUAUUUGUUCGACAAAAAUAUCGGGAAUGCACGUUACUCAUUUGUUUUACGGCGUUUUACUCGCUGGUUCACUUCAUAUUUUGCCAUCACACACGGCUGAAAACCAUAGUCUGCUUCGAUUUCGAGUUACCAAUGGAACACUCUUCCUUCAGGCCAAAUCUCAAUGGUUCGAAAUACCUUCAGUGAUGGAGGUCCGAAAAAACGAACAAAAAAUCAGUAGUAACCGAGAUGUUAUCAACUGGAACAAGUACCAAGUUCAUAAACUUCAAAACCAAUUGAGGAACACUGUGAAUAAAUUAUCAAAACUUCAACAUGGUCUCAAAACGAUUUGGAUAAGAAGUGACGGUCUUGAUGACGGAGGUAGACGAGGAAGUGAAGGAUUUGCAACGAUUCAAGUUGAUGGAAAAGAUUACGCAAUGAGAAAAAGGGGUUACAACGUUGUUGUAUUGAAUUCAGUGACUGGUAAUGUUGAAAGCAGGGCAUCGUUUGAUACACAUGGAUCAGCUCACGAAGGUCACUACUUUUCGACGUUCUUAAACAACAUAGCGAGCAGGCGCAUUGUUUUGGUUGCGAUACAAGAUGAAGCUUCGUAUCGGGUAACACGUUCAGUGUACACGGCCUUAUGGAGAUUGGGUGCACGAAAUCUAAUCAAACACGAGUAUCGUUCCUCUUUUGCAUUCAUUGGCUGGUCCGGACCCGGGAAAAACAGCAUUGUGACACAGGAUCAACACCAUCGGCACCAGGGACCAAGUUUCGUUCAUAAAACCUUUUUUGUCGGUGUUUAACUACGACGGCGACGACGAUGGGAUUUUUUCUGUUUUUUAUAUUAUAUACUCACCGAAUGUGUAAGCAUAAGUAAAAUAGUAUAGCUAAGUUUUUUAGAUUGCAGCAGCUAUGUAUGUAAUAGCUAAAUAAACGUGUUUAUCUCUGGUCUGAAGUGAAGCAGUGGACUCUAUAGAAACUGAAGCGAAUAACUGGCUAAUAAUUCCAUGUUUUUUAAAUCCUUGAUACAUGAAUUUAUUCCUUGAAAUUAAUUUAGGAUGUGGAUAAGAUUUAUAAUUAGGGUUAUCCCUGAUCAAGUAUAAUCCCAAUCUAAGAUCUAAUCCUAACUUCUAAUCCUUACCUAGUCUCAAUGAUUAAAUCCGCGUGUUUAGGAUUUACUGAUUACCCACUUAGAAAAUGUUUGCUAUUUUGAAAAGAAUCGCUGAUUAAGGCGGGAACCGCGCAAAAGAAAAACACUUUCCAAAGGACUAAGGAGAGUGUCAAGGAGCAAGAAGUGUGGUAUUGACAUAUACCGCCAUACAUUUCGGCAUUGAAAUGAGAAAA